UGCCAUCGGUUGAAGGGGAUAGAGGCGGGGACCGACGGAGCCAUAGUGUGGCGUUUCCACGCCAAAGGGCGACUCCCAGACGGCCGAAAAGGUGUGAUAUUCCGCGCAUGCGUAAUUCCGCGUACGCGGAGAAAUUCUACGCGGCGCGCAGUGUUAACUCUUAGCUAUAUCCGGGCUGCAUGCCGAAACGACACAUCAAGCGAUCAAUGAAUACGAUUAGGUGUGUCAUAAGUCAUAUCGCGAAGUUUGGCUACUUUCCUUGACAGCACCUCGUCCCUGCUCUCUUAUAAAUCGACAGCCUGGACAUUACAACCAUGGGCUCUUGUUGCUCAAAGGCAUCCCCUGCUCCUAAGGAACAGACGGAUCAAGACGUACCAACUUCACAUGGCACAGAAGCUCAGCAGAUGCCAGCUUCCUCACCCGAAGCUCUACAAGAGUUACGGGAGAGUCUUAAACACAAGUUUGAAAGUGAGGAUACAGAUGGAGGAACGCCUAUUGUGUUUGAGCUACCAAAUGGGGAAAAGCUCACAUACAAUUCCGAUAUGUCCUGUUCAACCAAGAUGCUCUAUGAGUAUGUGUUUUAUGCUGGUUUGGUUAAUCAGCGAUUCCGGAUCUUUUCUGGUCCUGCACGACGACCAAUACCUUGCAACCAUAGCAAACUAUCUGAAAUAAAUUUAAGUCUAUUUACUUUCGUUGUGGAGUAUGAGGAAGGAGACAUUUUGGAAUAUUUACAGGACCUCUUAUGUGAGGAAGAGACAGAAUUAAACGGAAGAGAUGACAUACUAUGGACACCCCUGGAGAAUGGCACACAAACCAAAAAGAUUCUAGUAUCAACUGAGGGUCCUUUGCAAGAAACCUAUAAUGCUGCCGAAAGUAACAAUCGUUGGGUUUUCGGUGGAACACCAUGCACAUCAGCAGAUAUCUUCCACAUUGAAUCUGAUCGAAAUGGGACUGCCAUAAAAGCCAAGGACAGUGGAAGAUAUCUGUCACUUAACAUCAAUGGUGAGGGAGUUCCAGACGCUGUCCCCACUUUCACAUCUAGUGCACCCUCUGGUUCUUCCACUGCAAGCAUAAAGGGAUCUUCAGUUACACUCACUAAGUUCGAGCGUAGGGAUGAGAAUGGAAGGACUGCCUUUGGUUUCACUAUAAGUAGUGGUGAUCCAGUGAAGAACUUCAAGUACUACUUUGUUCCUGGACCUAACCAGAUUGAAGAACAGGGUGUAGAGAUGGAUCAAGACGUACCAACUUCACAUGGCACAGAAGCUCAGCAGAUGCCAGCUUCCUCACCUGAAGCUCUACAACAGUUACGGGAGAGUCUUAAACCCAAGUUUGAAAGUGUGGAUACAGAUGGAGGAACGCCUAUUGUGUUUGAGCUACCCAAUGGAGAAAAACUCACAUACAAUUCUGAUAUGUCCUGUUCAACCAAGAUGCUCUAUGAGUAUGUGUUUUAUGCUGGUUUGGUUAAUCAGCGUUUCCGGAUAUUCUCUGUGCCAGCACGACGACCAAUACCUUGCAACCACAGCAAAGUAUCUGAAAUCAAUCUAAGCAACCUAACUUUUGUUGUGGAGUGUGAGGAAGGAGACUUUAUGGAAAUGAUGACGUCUGUUGAAGAAAUUCAGGCGGGUGAUUGUUAUAUUCAAGUGGAUACUCCUGGUUCUGAUGGUACUCUGUCAUAUACAUAUGAAUCAGGCAGUUACUGGCGUUACCAAAGCAGAAGUAGUAGAGAUGGAUAUUUCACCGUUUUAACUCCAACACAUUACCAAGUACAGAUAAAGCUGGGAAAUAAAUAUUUGACUGUCAAAGAAAAAAAUAAUACAGUCGACACUCCUAAAUUCUGUGAGAGCAAAACUUCUUCAGGAAACACCAUCUACCAUCAAGUAUUCUAUUCCUGUGGCUCUCAAACCUCAUUUUCCCUCAGUUUGGAGACUCAGGAGCCAAAAACCUACUAUUUUACUCCGAAGAGCGGUAAAAUAGAAAUAGAAGACACACGAAAAAAUCUGGCAAUAUUUUCCCAAAACUUCUCGUAAAGUAAUCAAAAACCAUGGAAACAGAGAUACUGAUUUGUAACUAUUGUGUGCUAUUACUCUGAAGUGCUUAUGAAGACAAACUUUGAUAAUAAUAAUAAUAUCGAAUUUAGACUAUGCACACAAUAGUCUGCCCUACUAAUACACUACCAAGGCAGACA